GCAAAACAAGCCUAGUUCAAGGCGUAUUUGACUUAGUGAGAGAUUCUGCCUAGGAUGGAAAGGUUUGGAACAGUUGGCUGGAAGAAGCAGUUUAGAUAGCCUCAGAUGCAUUGUCAUCGCAAUUGUUUGGAAGAGGAAGACAACAGUCGCUGCAGUCCGGGGGAUUCAACGAGCCUGGUUAAAACAUCUUCAUGUAUCCUGGUUGACUUAAGUGAGUAAAUUAUGAAGAUACACUCUGAAGCCACAGAGUAAAAAUAAGUGAAGAGACUAUGUAAUGUUCUCCAAAGGUUGUCUGUAACAUUCGCGUGGAGCUGGUGUAUGCAGUGGUCUUGUCAUAGGAACAGCCAUACAAGAAACUAAGAGGAGCUGGAAUAUGAAAUCAACAGAUAUCUGUGUUUAAACAGAUGUUAAAUUUCAGUUUAUGCUAUUCAAUUUAUUAUUACUAAUUAUCUAUAAAACAAUUAAGUUGACUAAUAUAUACUAUGCAGUGUCAGGCAUAGAAAGAUGUAUGCCCCCCCCAAAAUCAGAGUCUCUGUGAAUUUUGACCAUUGUGAAUUGCAAUUUAAAAUUUCCAGUCCUAUUGAGUGCUUUUUUGCCAUUUCCACUCUUUACUUUCUAGGACAGAUGAAGUCAGGCUUAUAAUUACUAAUUAGUCGGGAGUUUUAGAAACCUCAACCCAGGAACAUGUCCUCAACAGGAAAAGUUACUUCUAUAUGUUUCUUUAUUCAUAGGUAGAUCUUCACAUAGUGGCAAUAGCAUAGAUACUUUAAUCAUUUCCAGUUUUAUUGUAUUUUGUUGAUACACAUUGUUGAAGAUAACUGGAUGUCAGGGCUUCAAGUAAACACUCCUUAUAAUACAUUCUUUAAAAAUUAAUUGCUCAGGUAAUGUGUAACAUGUAACACUUGUUUCCUGGCAGUGAACAUAUCUUAUAUGAGGUCUUCCUUUGACAUCCUGAAAGCAGAGGACAUGGAGAAAAUUAACCAGACGUUUGUGCUAGGAUUUAUUCUUCUGGGUCUUUCUGAAUACCCAAAGAUUGAGAUUGUUUACUUUGUUGUAAUUCUAAGUAUGUACCUAGUCAUUCUGAUUGGCAAUGGUGUUCUGAUCACCGCAAGCAUUUUUGAUUCCCAUCUUCACUCCCCCAUGUACUUCUUCCUGGGAAACCUCUCUUUUCUGGAUAUCUGCUAUACAUCUUCCUCUGUUCCUUCAACUUUGGUGAGCUUAAUCUCAAAGAAAAGGAGCAUUUCCUUCUCUGGAUGUGCAUUGCAGAUGUUCUUAGGAUUUGCAAUGGGGUCAACAGAGUGUUUCCUCCUUGGCAUGAUGGCUUUUGACCGCUAUGUGGCCAUCUGUAACCCUCUGAGAUACCCUGUCAUCAUGAGCAGGGUGGUGUGUGUCCUGAUGGCUUCUGUGUCAUGGCUCUCUGGCGGAAUCAACUCAAUUGUGCAAACAUCUCUUGCCAUGCGAUUGCCUUUCUGUGAGAACAAUGUAAUCAAUCAUUUCACAUGUGAAAUAUUAGCUGUUCUCAAGCUAGCUUGUACUGAUAUAUCUCUCAAUAUUGUCACCAUGAUGGUAUCAAAUAUGGCAUUUCUAGUUCUUCCACUGCUGGUCAUUUUUUUCUCCUACAUGUUCAUCCUCUAUACCAUCUUGAGAAUGAACUCAGCUACAGGGAGACAUAAGGCCUUUUCUACCUGCUCAGCACAUCUGACUGUGGUAAUUCUAUUUUAUGGUACCAUCUUCUUUAUGUAUGCCAAACCCAAGACUCAAGAACUGCAUGGAGAAAACAAGUUGAAAGCUUCUGACAAGCUCAUUUCUCUGUUUUAUGGUGUAGUUACUCCCAUGCUAAAUCCUAUAAUCUACAGCUUGAGGAAUAAGGAUGUAAAAGCUGCUGUAAAAUAUUUGUUAAACAAAAAACCUAUCCAAUAA